GAUUUACGAUAAGGAUGGAGAUCUCCUGUAGCGUGGAAAUCUCUCCAUAUCCUCGUGCUUCUAAAUUAAGCUUCACCGUUUCCCAUCUCACAUCAAUGCUCCACAACAUCAACAACAUAUGUGGGUGGUUAUCAGAUACUUCUUCUCUUCUCCUCUGAAGAACCGGUAUGAAGUCCUCGCCAAAUCAUCAUAUAUCUUGACAUCUCACAAGGUUUGUUUUCCGUGUAGUGCUAUCAAGUCUGUGAGAUCCCAGCCACCGGAGAGCUGUUGGUAAUCCCGUUUAGUCUCUUAAUUUUCCCAGCCUCGUUUUCUUGCUUGCGUUUAGGAAAGGAUUCUUUUCCUACAUCGGCCUGGUACUUGCAUACUUGCAUAUCUUCUUUUCUAUUUGUCGAUCUGAAGACUGCGGAAUUGUAUGCAUUUGCAUUACAGUAUUUGAUCGACAACAAGCUUUAAAAAGCUUCAAGAGCUUAUCCUGGUACUGACAUCAACCACCUCUAUCAAACUUCAGAUCUGGAUAGGAGAUUCUCGAAAUGCGUCUUUCAUCGACUUGUUUAGGUCUUCCAACUUCGAUUCUCUUAUUACUUAUUUCGCGGACGGAUUCUGUACAAGCUAUUCGUGAUAAUCGAUUCUUGACCCAUUGGCCUCGCGAUCUUACGGCACAUUUCAAACAUUGGAUUAAUGGAUCCCCGAGUUGGAGACGAGAUGAUCGAGAUCAAGUAUUUGAGAAGGACGAUAAAUUGACUGCUAAAAGUCCGAUUGGAACUCUGAAAAUGAGUGAAGAUGAAGGAGAGAAAUUCUUUAUGGAAUAUUGGCAAUUUCAGGGAGAGGAUACCCUUUCAAAUUUGGAUGUGAAGAAUAACUUUUUAAGAAAAAGAGAUUUGAAGGAGGAGGCUAGGUUAUUUGCAAACUCGUCAAUUCCUGUCUCUUUUCGAGCACCAUUUGCCUUACAUACGGAAGAUCAUUGGGAAUCUUUGGAUUAUGAAGAUAUUCGAGUUCGCAGAAAAGAUUCAGCUGCUACAUUGGCAAUAUUGGAAAAGAGGGAUUUUAAAUGUCCUACAGGAACAUCGAAUUGUUCAUCAAUAGGGUAUCCAAAUAGUUGUUGCGCAACGGAUGAAACUUGCUUCAAGAUUACAGACACUGGAUUAGGUCCUGUUGGAUGUUGUCCUAGUGGAGGAAAUUGUGGAGGAACCAUUACGAAUUGUGCUUCACCUAACACAGCUUGUGCAGAUGAUGUAGGAGGAGGUUGUUGCAUACCAAAUUAUGUAUGUGCUUCAAUUGGUUGUGUUAUAAAUCCAUCACUCGUGGUAGUUGUUACUACAACCCAAACUUUCACCGUUAUUUCAUCAACUCCAACGAUUACUACCCAAACAACUACCAUUACUAGUACGAGGUCUUUAUCGUCUAGUUCUUCAAGCAUACCGAGUACAUAUUCUCAAACCUCGACAUCAACAGCUUCUACAAGUACAGUCACAACAGCUUCGGGAGUUGUCCCCAUUCGACCUACAGGUGAUUCUACAACCACAACGACUACGGUAUCAUCAACAAUCACUGGAGAUAUGUGUCCAACAGGAUUCUAUGCCUGUUCAGCUCACUAUCAAGGGGGAUGUUGUAGAACAGGUAGAAAUUGUGAUACAACAUCAUGUCCAGCUACAUCAUCGACAACAAUAAUCAGCGAUGGAAUCACAGUAGCAGUUCCAGUUGGAUCGGCAGCAACAAUAACAUCAGCAACAGGAACUUGUGCAACAGGUUGGACUACUUGUGCGGCUAGUUUGGGUGGUGAUUGUUGUCCUAGUGGUUGGGCUUGUGGAGCGGCAAGUUGUGAGAUUGUACAGACGCAGGCUAGUGCCACGACUACGGAGGUGCGUCAGAAAGAGAUACCUGGGAUGGGCGAGAGAGUUAGGGGAAGAGGAGAGAUGGUGGGGUUUUUGGGGAUGAUGGUUGGGUGGUUGAUUUUAUGAGAGAAAAGAUGAGAUGGGAUUAUGGAUUUAUGACUUAUGUCUAAUGACCCAUGAGUAAUGAAUAUUUGAGAAUUUUAGGCUUGUUUCAUGGGUGAUUGGAGUUAUACUUUUGGUUUGCAUAGUGAAACACAUACAUUCUGAUUGGUAAUCAAUAAAUUAGCAUUAGAUAAAUAUAGAAUUAGAAAAUUAUAAGGAAAUGAACAAAGAGCAUGUAUUUAUUCAUUUACCGAGUACAAACAUAUUUAAAAAU